AUGGACGACCAAGACAACGUCCCGCGGAAGGCACGGCGAACUGCGGCAGCGAGUGCUGACGACCGAGCCCAACCCAGCGGGAGCGUUGCAAUCACAGAUACGGACAACACCGGAAACACUACACCCAGCGCUCAAAGCGUAGAUCUCUCAGAGAAUCUCAUGGACUCGAUUCCUCGGCGAGAGAAACAGCAUAUGGAAAAGCAGUCUGCUCCGGGUACCGCGGGUGCAGAAACGCUCGACUACGAGGUGCCGUUGGAUAGCCCGUCGCUGCGCUGGCCAGAGAAGACGCUCUCCAGCACACGAGCUCAAGAGCUAGAACGAACACUGGCGGCGGAGCCCUGGAACGCAGACGCCUGGAUAGCGCUGGUAGAGGAGGCCCAGCGUCACCCGCUGACGGAGGCCAAGGCGGUCUACGAACGCGCACUUCACCGGUUCCCGACAGGUGCACGCCUCUGGAAACUCUACCUUGAGCACCUCAUUCGGGAACAAGCCUUUCCUGAAGCCGAGAAGCGAUUCGCUUACGCGCUUCCUCGCUGUUACAGUGUUGAGUUGUGCCAGCUCUAUCUGCACUAUCUGCGCACCGUAAAAAAGGCGCCUAUCAGCGUUCUCAUCGACGCGUUCGAGUAUGUGACUGCGCUUUUGCCAUACGAACCAGCAAGCGCAAGUCUCUGGAACGACUACAUCGCGCUGCUAAUGGCGGUGCCCAUACGCAACGCUCAUGAUGGUGCACAGAGAAACCGCUUGUUGCGAAGCGUGUUGCAGCGAGCUGUGACCCUUCCGUUGCACAACCUGGAUGCGUUCUGGCGACAAUUCGAGCAGUUUGAAUCAAGUCAGGGAAAAAGCGGCUCCAGUCAUGCAUCCGUGGCGACACAACCUUUCCAUGGGGCCUUUCUUCGGGCCCGAGCUGAGGCCCGUGGCCGACGAGCUCGCCGCGAGCACCUCCAGCUCCAGGCGCUGGCGGUUCCUCCGCGACGCGGAGCCGGCAUCAUGGAACAAGCAAAGCGCUGGGCAAAGUACAUCCGGGGCGAAGAGGCGAAUCCGCACGAGCUCUCCGCUGCUGAACUAGAAGCGCGACUUCGAUUCGCCCAUGAGCAGCGGCUUGUCUACAUGUAUCGCAUGCCGGACGCCUGGUUGGAGUAUGCGCUCUAUCUCGCACAUCGCGAUGACGGCAACCUGGUGCGCAGCUACCCAGAGGCUAUUGCGGUGCUGGAGCGAGCAGAACGUGCGCUUCCCGAUUGCCUCCUAGUCUAUUUCACCCUUGCCCGCCUUUACGAGGAGCUGGAUGUUGAAAUUGCUCGUAUCGCCGGACAGCAGAAACGCAAGCGCGAGUAUUUGCAGGAGGAAAUAGAGAGACUCGGGGGAUCUCGUCUCUCGAAUGAUGACGAAGCUGUGGGCGCUCCCGACGAGCGACCCAGUGACGCUGACCCCGACCAGAGCAACGGUGACGACACCGGCAGCGGCAGCCGCGAGUCGCACAUAGCUUCCGCUCGGCAGUCUGGGUCGCCAAAGCAUGGAAGCGGCGCCUCAUUGGCGCCCAGCACCGAUACAAAAACAGCAGCGACAGAGGCUCAGUCGGAAAGAGACGCACCAGCAGCGUCCAAGUCUAGCGGUGCACCAGCGAGCACUGAAGCUGCCGCUACCGGCACCAAGGCGGAUACGCACAGUGAAGGCAUCGGCAGUCGAGCAACCGCCGUCUACGAACGAUUGCUUGCACGUGAAAAUCUGGAUGCAGUCCAACGCACUCAUGCCUACAUAGAGUACAUGUGGUUUAGUCGACGUGUUCUCGGGGUGUCGGCUGCUCGGUCUAUCUUCCGACGGGCGCGCCACGACCCUCGCUGUGCAGAUAUCGACGCGCUGCCCAACCUCUACCUCGCAGCAGCGACUCUAGAGACGUAUUGCAAUCACGAGUCGGGUGUUGCCAAACGUAUUUUUGAGCUUGGACUGCGUCACUUGCCGGAUUCGACGGAGAUGGCGCUGUGCUAUUUCGAUUACCUGUGGCAGCGAAACGAUGGCAAUGAACUGCGCAUGUUGAUUGGGCGGCUCCUGCAGACAACGCUCCCAGACGAUGCCAAGCUGCUGCUCUGUGAUCGCUGGUUGUCCUUUGAGGCACGCUACGGGAGCGGUGGACUGCAAGGUCUGCGCCUCGCUGAAGCCGAGCGAAAACGCCUGUUCAGCGAGCGGCAACCGUCGCGCCUCAAUGACCUCCUGUUCUAUACCUCGUUCCUGCAAAAUGUUCCAUUGAAUGACGACGAACGGGCCCUCAUCGAGCAAAACACCAGUGAUUCCAAGUCGGGUUCGCUGGCGGAAGCGCCUCAACGGGACGCAGGUUUCGUCCCCGGCGGCAUCAUUCCAUCCAGUGCGCUGCUCUACGCGCUCGGUUCGAAUAGGCCACAGGCAUCGUCCGCGCGUCGACCAGAUGACGCAGUUAUCGAAGCAGGGCAACCUGUACGCAAGGGAGCCGCUCGUGCCGAGCGAAAAGCACCAUCGCCGGCUGUGGAGAACAUCCCGGAGAAGCUGACGCUCGAGGAGGGUCUCGCACGCCUCGUGGGAGCACUGCCACCAGCGCUAUUGCAGAGCGCCCCACCGAACCCCGACUUUGUAAUCAGACAUUUAUUGCGGUUACCAGCGAGCUUUCAAGAUCUUGCAGUCUUCAACGGCGGUCGCGAGCUCGACUCGAAUGCCGCUGGACGUCGUCCAGGGCGGGACAAGGAGCGUCCAAGUCGCUCCAGUGGCGACACCUAUCCGAGUCGCACUGCUGAUGCGAGUCCUGUGCCAUUCGCUGAAAGUCGCCUGUUUCAGCGGUUGCAGCGUGCUCGACAACAAACAAGUCGUGCUCCUCGACCGGACGCUUACGGCUCCGGGACAGACGCAGCGCCUGCUUCGAUGCAAGCACCACCACCGACCCGCGAUAUCUAUCGCAGUCGUCACCGGGGCUGA